AUGUUCUUGAUCUGCCCGGAUUUGGAGCCUCAGCCAGUGGAUCCGGCUUGGAAAAAGUCUGCUAUGUUGUUAUGGAAACAAAUCGCUGAGCACAAGUAUGCUUCAGUCUUCAAGAAUCCCGUGAAAGACUCGAAAGCCAAGUCCUACUCCAUUUGUAUAAAAAACUCGACGGACUUGAUGCAAAUCCGUCGUAAAAUCGAAACUGGCUUGAUCAAAGACGGUCCCACGCUGCAUCGCGAACUUCUUCAACUCUUCCAAAACGCGAUGAUGUACAACUCGUCGAGCACGGAGAUCUACAGGAUGGCGUUCGAAAUGCAGCGCGAUGUCAACGAGCAAGUGGCCGAUUUCAUUGGCACGCGCAUGAUCAUCCAAGCUGAAAUUCGCCCAGAUGAAAUCAAGGAAGAGUUUAAAGAAUUCGGCGAGAUUCUUAAUGUAAGAAUUCCAGUCGAUUUUCAGACGCGGGAGCCUCGUGGAUUUGCAUACAUCGACUUCAAGGAUGUCCAAAGCGCGAUUGAUGCAAGAGAAACUGUCCAUGGCAAAAUAUUAUUUGGUAGAAAAGUGCAAGUUUAUUACUCAACUGGUGAAAAGAAAACCCCUCUCGAGAUGACUAAAAAUAAAGAACUGAAAAGACUAAAAGAACAGAUCACAUGUGUCCGCGAAGAAAGAAAUAAAAUAGAACAAGCAAAUAAAGCAAAUGUAAAAGGAACCAUGCAUUUUCUCAAAGUUGCAGCGGAGCUGGAAGCGACCAAAAAGACAGAAACAUUCGAAUUGACUCUCGUCCGAAACGAAGACGUAGUUAUUCACGAUCCAGAUCUCGCUCUUACAGACGAUCCUAUUCCCGCUCUUCCUCUCGUUCUCGCUCUUCCUACUCGCGCUCUCCUUCCCGUUCCCGCCGUCGUCGAAAAUACUCGCGAUCUCCAAGCUCCAGCUCUUUUAGUUCUCGAUCUCCAUCGCCGAGAAACUUUCGCGAAAAGAAACGACGACGAAAAAGUAGAAAGCGCAGUCGAAAACACGUUUCCUCAUCUUCUCGAUCGCGCUCUCCUUCUCCUCGGAGAAAAAAACGCUCCCGAAAAUAUUCCAGAUCCCAUUCUCGUUCAAACUCUGUUCGAAGAAAGCGGCAUCGAUCUUCUAGUUCCAGCUCUUUUUCGAGGACUCCUACUCCGCCGCCGCCAAAGAAGCAUUCCAAGAAGUCCAAGAAAAAGAAGCGUAGAAGAAAGCACUCUUCAAGCUCCUCCUAUUCUUCCUAGCAGAUCCAACAGACAAAUGCUGCGAACAAGGCGCAAUCUGGCAAAGGCUUUCGCUAUAUCGGGCGCUUGCGGUGCGAGCUAUGCUUAUGGAAAAUGGGGACUCACCCCUUUAGAUUAUCCAGAGAUGGCAGUUCGCUCCGGUCGGCUGGGUGUGACAGUUUUGAAGAUCGUUAAGGACUUCAACGGAAUGAAGAAGCUGUCUGAAGAGGCAUACAAGGAGGGUAUGCCGGACUUCCACGUGCGUACGGCUCAACUUCUUUACGAAAUGUGUUGCGCCAAUCGCGGAACCUACAUCAAAGUUGGCCAGCACAUCGGCGCCAUGGAAUAUCUACUCCCAAUACAGUAUGUUGACAGAUUCAAGACGCUGCAUGCGGAUGCCCCAAGAUCGACAGAAGCAGAAAUUCGUAGCGUUGUUCGAGCAGAAUUAGGAAAAGAACUCGAAGAAGUGUUUGAUGAUUGGGAUUGGAAUCCUCUCGGAGCCGCUUCUCUUGCUCAGUGUCACAAAGCCAAGCUAAAAGAAACUGGCGAAGUUGUUGCGGUGAAAGUGCAGCACGCAGCUGUCCAGCAUUCUGCUCAUUUAGAUCUCAUGCUCAUGGAACUGGGAGUCAUGCAAUGUGCACGACUCUUUCCAGAGUUCAAGCUCGGCUGGCUCGCCAGAACCACUCGUCAAAAUCUACCGCGCGAACUUGACUUCCUUCAAGAAGUCUCCAAUGCAGACAGAUGUCGACAGCUUAUGAAAAAUAUUCCCUGGCUUAAAAUCCCAAAGAAUUUACAUAAUUACUGUACGAGUCGUUUACUCGUCAUGGAGUAUCUUCCAGGAACAAUGGUCAACAACAAGGAGGAGCUAAGGCAGCGGAAAAUAGAUGUUGAGAAGACUGUGGAACGCGUCACAGAAAUGUAUUCAGAAAUGAUUUUUAAUCAUGGAUUUAUCCAUUGUGACCCACACCCGGGAAACGUCCUAGUCAACAAAGGAAAGGAUGGUCAGCCCGAGAUCACUCUUCUCGAUCACGGGCUCUACGAAACGAUCAGCCAAGACUUCCAAUACAACUAUUCGAUGCUCUGGCGAUCGAUGAUUCGUGGUGAUCAAAAAAGCUUGAGGAAGGCUUCUGCCGCCUUGAAUGUCGAGUCAAUGUUCCCUCUUUUGGCGGCGAUGGUCAGUGGGCGAUCCUGGCAGAGUGUUAAACAGGGAUUGAAAAAUACUGAAAGUAUCACGAAAACGGAAGACGAGCUUAUUCAAGCUGAGAUAAGCAUGUGGAUCCCUGAAAUGUCAGAGGUUCUCGAAAACAUCCCAAAGCAGAUGAUCCUUGUUUUGAAAACGAAUGAUCUUCUUCGUGGUUUGGAAACGACUCUCGGUUGUCGUCCGGGUGCAAGUUCAUUCGUGCACAUGUCUGAGUAUUGUCUAAGGAUGAUGUAUGCCGUUGAAAGGCUAGAUCGACCCUCGUGGAAGUUGUAUUUUGACUAUCAGAAAGAAAUGUGGGCGAUGUUCUUUUACAAGUUAUAUUUGCGCUCAACCAAGUGGGGAGGUGAAAAAGUAACAGACCUGAUUCAUGGGACAAAAGACGAACGAAUGGUAGAGUGGAAUAAAGCCUUCGAGCGAACAAAGGCUUAG